AUGGCUAAAGAGGGCGUAGCAAGCGAAGUGAAGAGAAGCAGAAAGACGCGCGAACAAGAUGAUGAAGAGGGCGAGAAAGAGGCAGAGGAAGCUAGUGCUCCUGAAGAAGGGGGGGAAGACGAAAAGUCAUCGCAAGAAGAGGAUAGAGAAGACAAGGAAGAGGAAGAGGAAAAAGAGGAGAAAACCGAGGCGGAAAAGACACCUCCAGAAGAACCAGAGGAAAAAGUUUGGCCAAUAAACACCGAGGAGUCUAGAGCUGAUUGGAAUGCACUGGGGAGCGGUGGCCUCCUCGUCCAUGGGAUGUGGCUCGUUGGAGCAGCGUGGAACAUAAACAAAAAAGAGUUGGAGGAACCGUCAUCCCAAGAGCUGAUACAGCAGCUCCCAUUGCUAAGCAUGAUUCCAACACCCACUGUGCAGACCGGGUCGUAUACCAUGCGAGGGGCGCCUUCACUCUGCACCACAGCCCGCUCUCAACCCUCGCUUCACCGACAGUCAUCGACAACCCUAACUGAGAGCGAGGGACCUGGAGAAGCAGCAGAAGGACCUGAACCACCAGCGUCAGACCGACCUUCCUCGGGUGACCAUCCUUCUACGGAAGCGCAGCAGACCCGUUUCUCUGACGAAUUUCAAAACAUCAAGGAUUCCACUUCACUCGACCUGCACUUGGGGGAGGAGACGCUGCCCAGCAGUAGGAGUGAUGUGCUUUCUACAGCUCGGUCAAGGUACUAUGAGUGUCCCGUUUAUGAAGGAGGUCCUAGUGGUAGUGCCAAUCAGAUGCCUGUGUUGAAUAUUACUCUUCCUGCUGGAGCAAAAGGGGGCAACCACUGGGUGCAGAGACGUGUAGCUAUAUAUUUAAGCAGAUAUUAAUUUGAUCUCACAAAGCAUUUACAGAUUCAUAAUGUGAAUGUAUUCUAGGAACUAUUAAUUAAUAUCUACUGUGAUUUAUGCAGUGCAAUUGAUGUCCUUGCUCAGACAUUGCAAAGAAAGAAAAAACUACUUUUAACAUCACUUCCUUACAACUGUCAGUGACCCUUUUUCCAUUCAAAACUAGCAUUUUAUAAAAAUUCUUAUCCUACAUUUAAUCAUGAGAGUAAGUGUAUCUGUAUUCUAUGAACAAAUUCUGUAUAGUUCUGAAUAGCCAUUAGGUGCUUUAUAAUAGUUUAAUAUAUUAUAGUGUUAUAUUUGAAUAUUCUGUGAUAGCAUUGUUUUGUAUAUUAUCUAA